AUGCAGGCUCAGGACUUGAGAAGUGCUGGGAAGGAGCCGUAUGCAUACACCUAUGAGCGCACACACAUGGCAGCGGCGCUGCAUGAGCAGUUCAGGGAUCUCCCUGAUGGGGAAAUGGCAGACCUCCAGGUGGCAGUAGCUGGGCGGGUGAUGGCUAGACGUUUCAUGGGCAAGCUGGCAUUCAUGAGCCUUGUGGAUGACUCUGGGUCCAUUCAGAUCUACCUGGACAAGGCUGUGCUCGAUGCUGCAGAGGAAGACACCUUCAAGAGUUUGAAGGGGUUGAUAGAUGCCGGGGAUAUAAUUGGAGCGAGGGGGGGCAUGAAACGAACAGAGAAGGGCGAGCUGAGCCUGGUGGCAGCUUCCGUGCAGAUGCUGACCAAGUCCCUCGCGCCCCUGCCGGACAAAUGGCACGGCCUGGCCGACAUCGAGAAACGCUAUAGGCAGAGGUACGUUGACCUGAUAGUGACAGAGGGCGUGAAGGGAACGCUGCGCGCGCGUGCCCGCAUGAUGGGGGCGUUGAGGCGAACGCUGGAGGCGCGGGGAUUCUUGGAAGUGGAGACGCCCGUCCUGGAAACAUCGGCCGGCGGCGCCGAUGCGCGGCCCUUCACCACUUUCCACAACGCCCUGCAGCAGCCUUAUGUACUGCGCAUCGCCACAGAGCUGCACCUGAAGCGGCUGGCGGUGGGGGGAAUGGAGCGAAUCUACGAGAUCGGACGCGUGUUCCGCAACGAGGGCGUCUCCACGCGCCACAACCCUGAGUUCACCACCCUCGAAUUAUACCAGGCGUAUGCUGACUACCACGACAUGAUGGAUCUCACAGAGGAUCUUGUCAGGGCAGCAGCUGCUGAGGUGGCGGGGUCACAUGCCGUGGUGUACCAAGGACAGUCCCUUGACUUCGGGCCUGCCUUCCGACGAGCUUCCAUGCACGACCUUGUGAAAGAGAUCACAGGCCUCGACUUUGCAGCGUUUGGCAAUUUAGAGGAUGGCAGAUCAGCGACACUAGCAUUCAAGGAAACCAACCCGGCAUCCUCCCUCACUAUAAAGGCCGUCAAGGGAGCCUCCAGCCUCGGCGUUUUGCUCAACGAGGUGUUUGAGGCGGAGGUGGAGCAGCAUUUGGUGCAGCCCACGUUUGUGAUCGACCAUCCGGUGGAGAUAUCACCCCUCGCCAAGCCGCACCGCGCCAAGCCCGGCCUCGUGGAGCGGUUCGAGCUGUUCAUCUACGGGCGCGAGCUGGCGAACGCAUACAGCGAGCUGACGGACCCGGUGGACCAGAGGCAGCGGCUGGAGGCGCAGCUGACCGAGCGGGCAGCCCGGGCAGCCGCCUCCGGGCAGCCCAGGGGCGUGGUCCUGGAUGAGGACUUCAUCAGAGCGCUUGAAUAUGGACUGCCGCCCACUGGCGGCAUGGGGAUGGGAUUGGACAGGCUUUGCAUGCUGCUGACUGAUUCUCCCUCCAUACGCGAUGUCAUAGCCUUCCCUCUACUGAAGAGGCUCAAUGAGUGA